UUUUUAAAUAGUUUCGGUGUCAAAUCGAUCCCGCUGUGUAUUUCUGUAAAUGGAGGACACGGCAGAUACCCAGAUUCAAAUUAAAGAGUCAGAGAAUGAGAGUCUGAAGCGGAAAGCUGGAUCCAAGAGAAGAAAUUCCUCCAUCAACUCUGAAGCAACCACCCCAGAAAGCUGCAACUCAAAGCGGCCUCCACUGCGACGAGGAAGCUCUUUCACCUUCCUAACUCCAGGGCCGAACUGGGAUUUCACUUUGAAAAGAAAACGAAGAGAGAAAGAUGAUGAUGCUGUUAGUCUGAGCAGUUUUGAUUUUAAGGAGCCAAGUAACAAACGGGUUCGACCUCUUGGAAAGGUAACAUCACUGGCUAACCUAAUCUCGCCUGCAAGAAAUGGCGCUGUCAGGCGUUUUGGGCAAACAAUCCAGUCCAUCUCGUUUCGAGGGGAAAGCAAGUCACCAAGUGGUUCCCAGAAAUCGUGCAGCAAAGUUGCAGCCCCAACCCCACCAAAGAGGCGUAACAGCACACUUUGGUCUGAGACUCUGGAUGUUUCCAUGAAAGGAAACUUUUCAGCUAAAGAAAUAAAGAGGCAGGAGGCUAUUUUUGAACUGUCUCGAGGGGAAAAAGAUUUAAUCGAAGACCUCAAGUUAGCCCGGAAGGCUUACCAUGAUCCCAUGCUGAAGCUGUCUAUUAUGUCUGAGGAAGAACUAACUCAUAUAUUUGGGGAUCUGGAUUCAUAUAUCCCUCUGCAUGAAGAUCUAUUGGCACAACUUACAAAGGCAACAGGGCCAGACGGAACUGUGGGGCAAAUCGGUCAUGUAUUUGUAAACUGGUUGCCAGGCCUCAAUGCUUAUAAGGAGUACUGCAGUAAGCAGCUGGCAGCAAAGACACUCCUGGAUCAGAAAAAGCAGGACCGCAGAGUACAGGACUUUCUCCAGCGCUGCCUGGAGUCUCCAUUCAGCCGCAAGCUGGACCUCUGGAGCUUCCUUGACAUUCCACGAAGCAGACUGGUUAAAUAUCCCCUGUUGCUGAAAGAGAUUUUAAAACACACUCCCAAUGAUCACCCAGACGUGCAGAGCCUGGAAGGAGCGAUUUCUAUAAUCCAUGAAGUCCUUUCUGGCAUCGAUCUUAAGAAAGGUGAAUCUGACUGCCAGUAUUUUAUUGACAAACUGGAGUAUCUUGAUGACCGGCAGAAGGACCCGCGUAUUGAGACAAGCAAGGCAUUGCUAUGCCAUGGAGAAUUACGGAACAAAAGUGGAACAAAACUUUAUGUAUUCUUGUUCCAAGACAUCUUGAUUUUCACUCGACCGGUUACCCGCAAUGAGCAACAGUGUUAUCAAGUGUACCGUCAGCCCAUUCCAGUGCAGGAUCUGGUUCUUGAAGACCUGCAGGAUGGAGAUGUCAAAAUGGGAGGUUCCUUCAGAGGAGCUUUUAGCAACUCCGACAAAGCUAAACAUAUUUUCAGGGUGCGAUUCCAAGACACAACUCAGGGUCAGUCCCAUACUUUGCAAGGCAGCGAUAUCUUCCAUAAGCAACAGUGGCUCAACUGUAUCCGUACUGCUAUAGCAGCACACCAACCAGCCCAGUCCCCAACAAGAGAAAGGGAGCUCCCACAGCUUAAUGAGGAACCAGAAUGCUGUUCACCUAAGGCAAGGAACAUCACAGUGAAGCGACGGUCAUCUACCCUUUCUGGCAUUGUCCAUAUGGAGGCAGAUGAAAACACUUCCCAGACUGGUAAUGUUGAGAACACCACAGAGGAAGUUGAAAAUGUACAAACUUCAGUUCGCAAAAAAACAUCUAUACAGAAAACAAAAAAAGAAAAGUCCCGGUCAAUAGGGAAAAGAAAAGAAACGUUUGUGUAAAUAAAAGCCAUUGCUGGGCUUGAAAGACUAUUUAUAAAACUUGUUUUCUAAGUAAUAGAGCAGUGUAAUAUUCUUCUAAUUGUUAUGUGUUUCUUUGUAUAUAUCUUUUUAAUGGCAGCUACUUCAAAGCAGGCAUCUGUAUUGAAAAACUUUAGGGUCUGUUUUAGGUUUGGUGAAUCGCUAUGGUGUUGUAAGUGUUUAGGGGUUAGACUGGCUUUUGUGGUAGAACUCUAUUAGAAUUUUAGCAGUUAAACAAUGGAAUUUGAUUCAUUCACGUUGUAAAUUGUUUGUGAAAUGUAAAUAAGUGGACACGAUUUUAAGUACAGACCCCAGGUUCAAUAGUAUGUACUGGAACACACUCUUUCAAAUGUAUUUGUACAUUCCUUAUUGUAUGGAUUCUAUCCUGCCAAGCCAUGAAUUUACUAUGGUAGGGUUUUUUUUUUCAUUAAAUUAAAUGUAGAAUGUUCUGUUAUUUGUUUU